AUGGCUACCGAACACAUGCCCAACGGCAGCUACGCCCCGCACCAGGGCUACGGCGGAAUGGAUCAGAAUGCGUACAGCUACGCCGCCAACAAUCCUGCCGCAGCUGCGCAGCCGCCCGCUGCCACCGCGUCCACCAGCUCCAACAACACCUCUGCGCCCGCUCAGCCUGACAUCUCCAAGGAUGAGGUCGGCUGGUACUUUGUCGAGCAAUACUACACCACCUUGAGCCGGAGUCCCGAAAAGCUUUACCUAUUCUACAACAAGCGCUCGCAAUUUGUCUCCGGCCAGGAGACUGACAAGGUCGCCGUCUGCGUCGGUCAGCGCGCAAUCAACGAGAAGAUUCGCGAGCUCGACUUCCAGGACUGCAAGGUGCGCGUUACCAACGUUGACUCGCAGGCAUCGGACUCAAACAUCGUCAUUCAAGUCAUUGGCGAGAUCUCCAACAAGUCGCAGCCGCACAAGAAGUUCACCCAGACUUUUGUGCUGGCUACCCAAACCAAUGGCUACUUUGUGCUCAACGACAUCUUCCGCUAUCUGGUCGAGGAGGAAGAGGAGGCCGAGGCCGAGGCCGCCGCGCCAGCCACCGAAGACGUUCAGCAGGUAUCCGGCACAGAGAGCAGCACCGAGACGCAGACGGCACCUGUUGAGGCCGAGACACAGACGCUGACAAGCUCUGCCGACCCUGUCGCGAUUGAGCAAGGAGCGAACAAGGUAGACCAGGAGUUGGAGGAGAAGGUCAUCAAGCCGACUGAGCAAGAGAACUCUGCACCAACCACCAAUGGCGUGCACGAGGUCAAGACCGAGACCGCCGAUGCUGUCGAGGACACCCCACUGGCUGCGGCGCCAGCUGAUCCAGCCGUCGAGGCUGAGCCAGAGCAGACGCCAGUUGAACCAGAGGCUGAGCAGGAGACACCAAAGGACCCGGAGCCAACACCUGUCGCCUCUCCACCCAAGCAAGCCGCCCCGCAAUCUGCUCCAGCACCGAAGCCAGCUGUUCCCUCGGCACCAAAGACGUGGGCACAGCUCGCGAGCACACAAGCUCGUGUCGCGAUGCCAGCUGCGCCCACUCAGGCACCUUCCUCCACUGGUGCUGCUGCGCCGGCCCGUGCCGCUGUUGCCGCCGCAAAGGCUGCAACCCCAGCACCUGCCACGCCAUCGACCGCCGCUCCCUCUGCACCUGCCGCUCAGCGCCAGCAGGAGACUGCAGGCUCCGACUCCCAGGACGAAUGGACUGCUGUUGGCCACACGAGACAGCAGUCGAAGCAGACCAACAACAACGCAGCACAGCAGGAUGUCCCACAACACCGCGGAUACAUCAAGAAUGUUGCGGACAACGUCGACGCUGGUGAACUGAGGUCCAUUCUGGAGAAGUUCGGCGAGGUGCUCUAUCUUGACAUAGCACGUCAGAAGAACUGUGCCUUUGUCGACUUCAAGACCGCCGAGGGCUACCAGAAGGCUACCGCUGGUCCAUUCGAGCUGGGCGGUGAGAACCUCUUCGUUGAGGAGCGCCGAAUGCGCCCCGGCUCCACGCCUUACGUGCAGCGCGGAGGCCAGUACGGUGGUGGACGUGGCCGCGGAGGUCCUGGCGGUCAGGGCGCUCCACGUGGCGGUCGUGGAGGCUUCCCUUCCCAGCGGGGCGAGGGCGCCCCACGAGGUGGCCGUGGUGGUUUCGCACCAGGCAGAGGCGCUCGUGGUGGUGCGCCCGCACAGUAG